AUGGACUCUACGGCCAGAAUCAGCUUGGAAGCCGAGUUGUGCGAACUCUACGAUAAGCACCUCUCCUCUUUGAGAAGUUCCAAUGACGCAGAAGUCGCAAAAUGCGAGCUCGAGGAUGCCAUUGUGCGGCAGUCAAAAGCCAGUUGUCUCGAUAUAUCCGCAAAGCUCACCCAGCUGCCUCGCGAACUGCGCGACAUUAUUUACAGUUACGUGCUGGAAGAGCGACCUUACGACAGACCUUUGGUUCGCUUCUUUCCCAAGGAUGUUGUCCCUCCAUCGCCGUGCUGCAGCUCGUCUCCCUCAUCGUCAAUAUGUCCAUGCUCGACCGGCCUUGCACAUUUCCUCAAUCCCGAUUUUAUGGGGGAAACUAUAACCUUGGAAAUUCUGGACGCGUUCAAGACCGAUAUGCGAGCGGAGAAAGGGCGAAGAUACCGCCCUAAUUACUCUCUACAUUGGAGUGAACUCAAGGAAUUCGCAAGCCGCGAGCUGUUUCAUCUUGGCACCACGUUGCACGAGCUGUGCGAGGAUAUGCGUCUGAGUGUAAGGCUUAAUAUCGCCGAUGUGCUGACGGAAGAGAAGCAUACGGAAAGGCUCGAGAUCGGGCUCUCGACCGCUCCCGAUGAUGCGAUACAGUCAGCUGUACAAGCUUUAUCCACACUGCGGUCAGGAAAGCCACGUCGAAUCACAUUAGCCUUCAGCGACGAGGCGUUAGAAAGGCCCCCAAAGAAUAUGAAUCACGUCUUUCGUGCACUAGGGGUUCCUUUCAGAGAACUCAAAUCCUCGGGCUUUGAUAUGCGCCUGACUUACACCAGCGGCGACCGGGAUCUUUAG